AUGAGGAGAGCACAUCUUUCUCCUUCUGUCCUGGCCAUGUUUUACACAGCUGAUGAUGGAGACUAUUGGAGACUUCUGCCCCCUGGCACGUACAUCGUGAGUGCCCAGGCGAGGGGCUACAGUAAAGUCCUGAAGAAGGUGACUCUGCCUGCCAAGAUGGCCAGGGCUGGCCGAGUCGAUUUUGUCCUGCAAUCCCUCAAUGGGAAGUUUAGAAAACUUCCCGCAAGAAGAGUGUACGAUCCUCUGGAAGAUUUUGAUCCUCAUGCCCAGACAGAGCUACGGAAGAACGAAGAGCGAUCCGUCCCGCCACGGGAAAGACCCUGGUGGUGGUCAUACUUCAGUUCUCUGAAUCAGCGCAAGCCUUUGUGGUUGCUGAAGCAGAGCUGAACAAUCUUAUAUUGUGUCCGUCCUCAGCUACGCUGGUAGUACACAGUGGUGUCUCCGUUGCUUUACUAGGCCCGGAAAUGGAAUGGGACUCUUGUCGUGAUUGAUCUAACAUGG